AUGGAGCAACCCAGCAUAUUGGUGCGCAUUCUGCACUCAAUACCACAUGUGAAUUACACUUUUCAGCGGGUGAAUGACACCUUCAAUCCGGACAGUGAUGUUUAUCUUGAGAGUUUGGGUAUACUCGCCUCUAUACCUGCCGGUCUACUCAUAUUAUCGCUCUUCGGUUUGUUGUUAUAUCUGUUAACGCGUUGCUGUGAUCGUAAGCCACGGAAACCGAGCGCACAGCGUUGCCAGAGUUGCACAUUAGUCGUAAUUACGUUGAUGACAUGUGCGGCCAUUGGUUUGGGUCUCUACGGCAACGAUGAUUUCCACAAUGGCCUGCUGCAGGCUUUUAGUUCCGGCAAACAAGUCGAAGGACUCGUGCUCAAUUUAAAAAGACAGACUGAAUUAAUCAAAUUUGAUCUCGAAAUGAAAAUGUCGCAACACAAGCUCGAACAACAAAUCGAAAAAGUACAAUAUAAUCAAACCGCCGUUAUGUUGCUAAUAGACACAUGUCAAUUGGUGCGCGAAAACACCUCCAGAGCCGUUACCAGUCUCGAUAAUAUGGUUUUAUACUUUAUGAAAACGAAAGGCAGUGAAAAUGAUACAUCUCUAAUGGGAUUAUUAUAUCUCGGGGAAUUAUACGAAUCAAUCCGUUGGCCCGUUACACUCGGUUUCCUCACGUUAUUGCUGUUGCUCUGCACUAUACUGGUGAUUGGUGUGGCGCGUCGUUCGCGCUGUGCGCUGAUCUUCUUCAGCGUAUCCGGUUUAUUUUGUAUUAUCAUCUGUUGGCUGUUGGCGGGCAUUUACCUGGCAUCCUCAGUGGCAGCGGGCGAUUUCUGCAUGCGUCCGCAUGAAUUUAUGUGCCGUCAAGUGGGCAUGCGUAGUCCAUAUGUGUAUUUCCUCAAUUGCGGCACAUUGCGUAAUCGUUUCAUACUGCGUUUGAACGAGUCACGUGACUUGGUGGAACGUGCGCGUGACUCUAUCUAUCUAAUACAGCGAAUGAGUCAGGAAACGUAUCCCCGCAUCGAUGUGCAUAAAACGCUCGAAGCCAUGGAGAAUGAUCUCGAGGAGACCAAACGUAAUCUAACUGUGCUCUCGGCGACGCUUGAUCGUCGUGCCAUCGAUCGGCAUUAUGCCGAUGCCUUGCAUGGCCUCUGCAGUGGCGGUCUGCUCGGUUUGAGCCUUAUGAUGGUCGCCGGGCUAUUGACUUCAUUUCUGCUCACCAUUUUGGUGUACGCCGAUUCGCAUGCUUGGAUCUAUUUGAGCAAACGACCCAGCUCCCUGGAUAUUGAUAAGUCUGAAACCACGCCGCUUUUCCCAUCGAACGCACCGAGCGCUAGCAUUUCACCCACCGCACCACUGCAUACGGGCACUAUGAAUCGCAUACUACCGCACCAUCAGCAAUCGGCAACGCAUGUCAUCGGCGCUGGCAGUGGCAUUGGCGGCAUUGGCAGCAGCGGCACGCUGGGCUCACAUCGCAAUGGCACCGCUGGAAUGAGAACAGGGUUCGUCGCUACAUCAUCACCUACAACAACUACAACCACACUACAAUACAACAAUCAUCCACAUAGAACUAACGCUAGCGCUGGCAUUGGUGGUGGUGUUGGCAACACUGGCACUGCCAUUGGCUUGGUCGGCUCAGCCGCCGGCAUUUUGGGCGGCCGUCUGACAGCUGGCGGCAGUGCCGGUGGUAAGGCAUCACCAUCGCCACCGCCGGGUUAUGAUGUUGUGGUGCAUGGCACAAGAUCGGGUCACCACACACUCGGCCGUCUACCCUCGCACCAUCAGCAGAGCUCAUCGGGCUAUCUGAGCGGUCCCAAUAACGGCAAAUAUGCAACACUCAGCAAACAGUGUAAGACUCUCGAAUCUAGCGAUUUUUACUGAGAAUCGCUUGCCUGCAACACAAAUGCAGGCAUUAGCAACACCAACAACGCCAAUAUUCUCGGCAGCAACAACAUCAGCAACCACAUCAAACAUCAACAA